GCCUUAGUUGUUUUAUUUAUUUACACACACUUUAAUUUAUACACGUAUUUAUAUAGUGCGGAACACUUCAAGACAAAAAUCAGAGUCAAAAUAAGGAAAUAAAAUAAUCAACACGCACAAAACAUGGCGGCCGUAGCUGAGAGUUUCAGUGAGAAGAGAUGGUCUCUCAAGGGCCUCACCGCCCUCGUUACAGGCGGAACGAAAGGCAUCGGAUUUGCCAUAGUAGAGGAGCUAGCUGGACUUGGGGCAACAGUUCACACAUGUUCUCGUACAGAAACAGAGUUGAACGAAAGAGUUGAAGAAUGGAAGAGCAAAGGUUAUGAGGUUACUGGUUCGGUUUGUGACUUAAGUGUUAGAGCCCAAAGGGAGGACCUCAUUAACACUGUCUCAACCAUUUUUUACGGCAAGCUCAACAUACUUGUAAACAAUGCCGCAACGGUAGUGAUAAAUAGUGCUACAAACUAUGGUGUUGAAGAGUACUCAAAUAUGAUGAACACCAAUGUUGAAUCUCCAUAUCAUCUUUCUCAACUUGCUCAUCCUCUUCUCAAGGCUUCAACAAAAGCAAGCAUUGUUUUUAUAUCAUCCAUUGCUGGUGUCAUCGCUCUACCUAAACUCUCUGCCUAUGCCGCUACCAAAGGAGCAAUCAACCAAAUUACUAAGAAUUUUGCUUGUGAAUGGGCUAAGGACGGCAUUCGCACCAACAGUGUGGCACCAUGGGGAGUUAGAACCCGAGUCAUGGAAGUUGAAGGGACACCUAUUGACGAGGACUUCUCAGCAGUGUUUAAGAGAACCCCAAUCCUUCGUCUUGCAGAGCCUAAUGAAAUUUCGUCACUGGUGGCAUUCCUUUGCCUUCCAGCUGCUUCAUACAUCAAUGGACAAGUUAUCAGUGUUGAUGGAGGACUUACCGCCGGAGGUUUUUAAUCAUGGAUAAUAUAUAUAUAUAUGGGUGACUAUUCAAUGGUUACAUUUUUAUUGUAACCAUAUGGUUACAUUUUUCUUUGACCUGUAAUAGCAGGUUACCAAUAGGUAGACUUUCUUUUUUUAGAAUUUAUUAAUUAUAAUUAACUAUUUUCUUAAAAUAAUUAAUUAAAUAGUAGACAUUCCUUUUUUAGAA